AGGAGCGCGCCUGCGCCGCUGACCCGGAUGUUCAACUGCUUGGCAACGGCGGAAGUGGGGGGAAAAGGAGGAGGAGGAAGAAGAGGAAGAGGAGGAAGGCAAAGAAGAAGAGGAGGAGGAGGAGGUGGAGGAAGAAGAAGAAGAAGAGGCCGCGGCCUGGCUCAGCGCUGAGAGAGGCCGGACGGAGGGACCGAGCGCCGCCGCCUCUGACGCCCGAGAGAGCCCAGGCCCGCCGAGACAACAUGAGUGACCAGCAGCUGGAUUGUGCCUUGGAUUUGAUGAGGCGUCUGCCUCCCCAGCAGAUUGAGAAGAACCUCAGCGAUCUGAUCGAUUUGGUCCCAAGCCUCUGUGAAGAUCUUCUGUCUUCAGUUGACCAGCCUUUAAAGAUUGCCCGUGACAAGGUGGUGGGGAAGGACUACCUCUUGUGUGACUACAACAGAGAUGGAGACUCAUACAGAUCACCCUGGAGUAACAAGUACGACCCCCCUCUGGAAGACGGUGCCAUGCCGUCCGCUCGCCUGCGCAAGCUGGAGGUGGAAGCAAACAAUGCCUUUGACCAGUACAGAGACUUGUAUUUCGAAGGAGGCGUUUCCUCUGUCUACCUCUGGGAUCUCGAUCACGGAUUUGCAGGCGUGAUUCUAAUUAAGAAAGCUGGCGACGGAUCAAAGAAGAUUAAGGGGUGCUGGGACUCCAUCCACGUGGUGGAAGUUCAGGAGAAAUCCAGUGGCCGCACUGCCCAUUACAAGCUGACCUCCACAGUCAUGCUGUGGCUGCAGACGAACAAAACCGGUUCCGGCACGAUGAACCUUGGAGGCAGCCUCACCAGACAGAUGGAGAAAGACGAGACCGUGAGCGACUCCUCGCCCCACAUAGCCAACAUCGGCCGUUUGGUAGAGGAUAUGGAGAACAAAAUCAGAAGUACGCUGAACGAGAUCUAUUUUGGAAAAACAAAGGACAUCGUCAAUGGGUUGAGAUCUAUUGAUGCUAUUCCCGACAACCAAAAGUAUAAGCAGUUGCAGAGAGAACUCUCCCAGGUGUUGACCCAGCGCCAGAUGUACAUUCAGCCGGAUAACUAAGCCGGCCCAGGUAUCCGCCCCUCCCACUAG